UUCCGUGCCCUUUUUCAGCAGGUGCCAGAGUCGGCGAGAUGACCAAAGCAGGCGGUGCAGCUAAGGAGGAGGAGGAGGAUGAGGAGGAGCUCUCCUCCUUCACACCCAAAUCUCCGCUCAACAUGCCUUACAUCCCCGACGAGCUAAAUGAUCCGGCUGCCUAUCCGGCGACACACGCCGCCUUCAAGGAGGCCCAAGCCAAAUACAGAGAGAAAUUAAAUCAUCGGUACCGCCUCUUCACUUUGCCACACGAGCCCGAGUCUUCGUGCCUGUCCAAUCGUCGGGAUCUUCUUCUGAUUCGUGAAUCUGCAAAUAAGGCCGUGCUCCACGCCGCCAAAUCCGUCAUCAGGCUCUCAUCCUCUGUUGACGGGAAGCCGCUGGCCAACUGCUGCGGUUUGUGGAUCAAAUGGGACGCGGAGUGCAAGACGGGCAUCGUUUUGACGACCGCACAACUGAUUUGCUCCAACAACUCGAAGCACUCAAACUAUACCAUAGCAAACCACUGGGAAGAAGGUGCAGACCACUACCAUAUUAAAGCUAACGUUAUCGUUCACCUGCUGGAUGACACCACUGCAGAAGGCCACUACCUCUACCACCAGGAGCAUUAUGACCUUGCAUUUUUCGAGGUCCGAGUGGAUGAACCGGUUGAUUUGCCCUCCUUCAGUAGCAGCGUGCACUCUGGUCUAGACGUUUUCAGGCUUGCAAGAGAUGUCCAUAUGAAUUUAAGGAUAACCCACGGCUGGGUGGAGGAUCGGAAUCCAGGAAGCAAUGAGAGGCAUCACUCCAUGUACUUUUCCCAUCAAAAAACAGAUUAUCGUCCCCGUAAAGAUUUUAAUAAUUGCGUUUACCAUGUGAAAAAGGAAGAAUAUCCGUGCAAUGAGGAUGGAGGAUCCAUCAUUGAUUUGGAUGGGAAGGUCGUUGGACUGUUUAACAAGCACCCUACGGAAUCUUUUGUACCGUCUUAUAUCUUGGAUAAAUGCUUGGAUUUGUGGCUCGAGUUUCGUUGCAUCCCUCGGCUCCAUCUUGGAAUGAAGUUUAUUUCCAUCAAGCUUCUGGACCCCAUACAUGCUGAGAAGUUGUGGCGCAUGUAUAAAAUUGAGGUCGGCCUAAUUGUUGAAAAGGUAUCAGCAGAAUCGCAUGCCGAGAAACUUGGAAUCUGUCUCGGUGAUAUUAUUGAACGGUUUAAUGGAGAAAGCAUAUCUACUACAGUUGAGUUGGAAAAGAUGUUGCUGCGCAGAUGCAGGGACCAUUUAGAUCAAGGAAAUCAUUUGAAUGAGCAAAUAGAUGUUUCGAUUCAAGUAUUUCACACGGAGGAACGUGUCCGAAGAAAUAUAAAUUUGAGUGUAGCUGUAUCAGAUUGUGGAGAGGUCGUUAAAAAAAGGACCUACCCCAUCACUGCUAUAGAAGCGACGCCUGCUUCAGGGCAAUCUAGCCAAAAUGUGGCGGAUGAUCCUUGGCUACCAAGACCAAAACGUACUUGGGAGAGUUAUCUUACUUGAAUGCAUCUACUGAAAAGGUUCUCGGUGGCAAAAAAAGGGUACGAGAUUAAUCAUGUCUACCAGGGUAUAUAUACAGUUUUAUGUCGAAACAAAGGGCGGCACUGAGUUUAGGAAGGUUCAUGGAAGCGAAAAAUAUGCAAGUCAAAUAGUGGGAUUUCGUAGGAUAACCAUAAAACAUUAUAAUACAUUGUGUAAAUUCUAAUUGUGAUGCAAAUAUAUGAUCUAAUGUCACAAUAAACUAAAUUUCAUGGAUACA